CUGCCUCCAAUUCAUCAUGAAUUAAUUAUAAUGAUUAUCUCCCAUAAUUAUUUAUGUCCCCACAUGGCUUCAAUUAAAACGUGCAUGCCCGCAUACAAAGCCCAGUUAUUCGAGAAAAUGCGCUGCCCAAAAGGGGCCACAACCUCGUGAAUUCCAGACUCACUAGGGCAGCUGCAAGGUGACCGAUCAACGACCUCAAUUGAGACCACUGUGUGUGUUGGAGGUGCGUAUCAUAGCCUUAUCGUGCUCCGACGACGACAGUGACGAUUGAUUUGUUUUGGGAUUUUCAAAACACGUGGAAACAGACUCCACCGUACCAGUCAGACCGUCCCGUGUCUGUGGGAGCAGCAGAUUUUCCGCGAGAGUGAGAGUGAAAAAUUCGCACCCGGAGCCCCCCGAGCAGGUGGCAGAUGGUGGCGGCAAGGCCGAAGGAGCCUACGCGUUUGCAAUACGAUCGGUGCACUGCACUGCACUGCACACACCCCGUCCAAAUGAAGCAAUUAUCGUCUCCUACCCGUGUGGCGAGGUCUGCGAUCGUGGUGAUCCUCUAGGCCUGGUGCAGCCGAUGAUCUGUGGGAGCAGUCGAGGGUAUCUCUUCUGACAGUUUUCGGCAGCGGCGGCGGCCUCGAGAGCGAAAUCAUUUUUCUAUAGAAAUCUAUAAAUGUUUUGAGACAUGCAAAAAACCUUGCUAGUCUUCCGUCAUUAUUGAUACCGUUAACAGCGGUGAAGCAUAUCGAAAACGAGUGAUUGGGCGUCAUCGAUAGACAUUGUGGAUCCUUAGUGAUAAGACGGUCGCGAUCGAGUUACAGGUGUUGAUGGGCGAGGCUGAAUACAAACGGUAUUGAACGAUCGAUAAGAAAACGUGUCGAGAAACGAAGAAAGGAGCUGACUGGCUGGAAGCUGUGAGCAAUCGAAGAAGGAUAGAUUCAACAAAUCCUAUAAAUGUUGACAUGAACUGAACGAUGGCCCUCAUUUCCGUGUCACUCAUCGUCCUUGUGACCACCUGCUUUGUCAGGGGUCAAGUCAAUCAGAUUUCAACAGAAUUCAAACCACCACCAUUACCACCACCACAAACACCUACACAAAGUACGCUCAAGCUGCCAUUCAACCUUCCCCCACUGCUACCUCCCACAUCUAAUCACAUCUCCAAUCUUCCCAAUAGCAACACCCCUCCCCCCUUUCAAACUCCUUUCUCUUCACCAUUCCCAUCUCAUCCACCGCCCCAGUUUUCCUCUCAAUUCCCUCCCCAGCAUACUCCCCAACUCCCAUCUCAGUUACAAUCCCAGCUCCCCAUCCAGUUACCACAUCAACUCCAACAGCAAAUCCCCUUCCAACUACAACCGCCAUAUCCUAUCCAAGCGUCACCUUCCUUCUCAUCCCAUGGUCCGCCUUUCCUGCAGAACAAUUUACUAUCCUCACUUCUCCCACCCCAACUACCUUCAACUUUGCCCACCAAAUUCCCUCCUCCACCUCCACAACAUGGUCCACCGAAGACAAAGCUUCAUCCAUUAACAAGGCAACCAGGACCACCCUUCCCAGCACUUUCCGCACAAACUGGCACCAAAAACAUCUCAUUAGAAGCGAACCGUUCACCGCGAACCUUGCAGAUGAUCGGCACUAACAAUCAACAAACAUUUCACAAAAUCUCCGAGAAUCUACGUCCCGGUGCCAAUUCCUGGUACUACAAAAAGAACUCGUUCCCGAAACGACCACCGCAUCCGCAAGCACCAAAAAUAUCCAUUACAACUCCAUCGCCCCCUCGUUUGAUUCCCUUGAAUCAGUACAAUCAGCUGGAGCAGAUCACCAAACUCAAUCAACAGACCCAGGCGAGCUUACAGUCAUCCUUCAGUCAUUGGCCGUCGCUGAAUAAUCAAGCUCAGAGUUCGUUCAACACCAUUAGUACUUCAUUCAAUGGCCCACCUACCUUCGGCAAUCUUAACAAUUUAAAUCUCAACAGUCACGCUCCUUCCUUCAACAGUUUCGGCGGCAGCGUAGAUUCUUUUCCUAAGUUAAACAGUCCCAAACCUCCAAAUCCAACGCAGGCUUCACCGUUGAACACUAAUGUCAAACCAGACAUCAGUUCACAACCGAAUGGCCACAGCAAUCAUGGCCACCAAGCACAACCGUAUCAUCCACCACCGUUCAAUCUGAACCAGGCACCCUUAUUCCCACAUCUACACCCUCAGCAAAGUCCACCUUUCAAUACACACCAGCAAACUCCAUCAUUCCAGUCAAAUCCUCCUCACCAUCAACCGGUAACUCCGCUGGAAGUCUUCCAAGAUCCGGCCUUACACAUAUCCCCCAUCAACAUCCCUGCCCCGGAAAUACCGUACUUCGAAACCCUCCGCAGCCAAGUCAGCGCCCUCAAAGCCAAACACAAAGACUUCUUCAAUGAACAUCAGUCUGGAGAUACCACUUCCUUCAACAAUCCCCAGCAUUUCCAACCCAAACCAGUCUAUGGUCCCCCGCCAAAGCCCGUAUAUGGACCACCUCCUCCAGGUCCACAUUCCCAACACUUGCAAGGUCAUGCCUCCACCUGGAAUCCCGAACAGAGCAAGUUGGUACCACCGCCCAAGUGGAACCCGCACAAGUUCGAAUUCGAACAAAACAACAACUUCGGACAAAGCCUGGAGUACACCACGCCGAAGAAAACGCUCCCGCUGCAGAACGACUUUGUCGGAUUCCCGCCGGCAAAAAGCUCCAUCAAACACGAGCUCAACUUCAUCAGCAACUGGGAGAAGGGAAUCGGCAUCAUCCACAAAACCGAUCACGGCAACGCCGAAAAAGGUCAAACGAUAGUGGCGGCCGGCGAUACGGAUGACUUCAAGAAAAUCGACAAGCAGGAAUCGUCCAAGGUGGAAGUGUUCAGCACGGACAAAAUGCAGCGGAGGUACACCGAGCGAGGUGGAUCGAAGAAGCAAACGACGGCGCCCAAGAAGACGUACGAGAAGCCAAAUCGGGGUCGAGAUACGACGGAGGACAAAAACCAGGAGGAAGCGACUACGGUUAGGGUGGAGAGUUCGAAAGCGGGUGGUGGACAGUUUUCCAACGAAACGCAGAACGCUGAGGUGCAGCACAGGAAGAAACGAGAUGUGUCGGGGGUUGAGAGUAGUGCCGCGGAAAGUCUAGGAAAUGCCACUACGGCUAGGACGAUCGUGGAAGCGAAAACCGAAGAAUCGCAACCACAUGCGGAGCCAUUGGUAGCCCCAGCGACGGAUUUGGUCGACUCAACGACGGAAGGGUUGCAUGAAGUGGAACAGUUGCCACAAGCCGAAGCAUUGGUAGCUGCAAGGAGAGCGGAGGAUUUGUUGGAUUCGAGUGAAGAAGCGGCACUGUUGAUGGAUUCGGAGGAAGGGUUGUACCCGCAUGCCGCUGCUUUGCGAAGCUAUGAAAUAGCCGAAGGUGAUGCAUAUUCCGACGAAGAGGCUGAAGAAGCCCAGCGGAAGCAUUCCGCGGGAUUGGCUUACGAUGAUUACGAUGAUGAUGAUCUGGAUGACGAGCCGUCGAUCGAGUCACGUUCGGAUAGGUUCAUUUUCGAGGAGGUAGAUGGAACAACGUUGCGACCUUACGCUGUACCGAUAAUUUCCGACAGAAUCGACAGCUUUACGCCGAUUCCUAAAUCUGAGGCAGCGGUUAAACCACGGGGACUUCAGGGUAGAGAUUUGAUGGCUUUCCUUGAAGAAGCGCUGCGAAAUUCGUCGCAGUUCUUACCCGAUGAAGCUGAAGACCGUAGUUUCGACGUGGUUGAUCCGCCGACGGAUAUUAUAAAGUUUCCGUAUUAUGAACGUACGGAGCCACCAAUUAAUGUUGAUUCGGCGUUGAGGUUCGCUGAGAAUUUGACCACAUUCUCCAAAGGACUGUACGAAUCUAAGAAUGGUAAUCAGUGUCCGGAAGUGGACGUAGAAAUUCCAGAUGACUCAUCGGAUGAGAGCAUUCAUACAUUUAAUCCGGUACAAAGGCUGAAGCGAUUGGGUAAUAAGAUCGACUGCCUUAAGAACAGGAAUUUCGGAAAAGAUCCUUUGGACAACCCGCUGUUCAAGGAAGGCUUUGUUGGCGGAGGACGGUCUUCUCCGGAUGCCGCGCCAUCACAACCAGAUGCAUCCAUAGCCGUGUUUAGUGAUGUAAUCCGAUUAAUCAAGCAGCACUUGGAUGAGGAAGAGAAAACAAAGGCCAGAGAUUUCAGCGAUAUAGUUUCUCCAAGACAUUUGAAUCUAUCUGAAUCGAAAACACCUUCUCCGAACACCGCUGUUCUAGAGCAGCUAAGGCUAGGUAAACGCAGACCACUGCUUCCGAAUAAGCAACCGAAGAAAGUGGAGGAACCAAAACCUGAGGCAAUUCCAAACACCACCAAUGAAAGUCAUGGCUUGAAGAUAGUGUUCCCUCGCAGAUUGAACAUCACUAAAACGCAUGAUGAAGCGAAGAAAGCUUCCAAAUCGAAGUUAGGUGACAUAGAAGGAUACAAGUUGAAGCUGAACCAUUCACGGUUGACUGAUCAUGAAAACUACAAAGCCUCUUUGGCCAGGAAGCUUAACUUCGAUAGGCCGGAAAAAGCCAAGAUUCCGAAAAGUCAGCGUCGAGAUUCGGACGAUCGAUUCACGUACGAGGAUGUGCCGAGCGGAGGUUCGUCGUUCAUGCAGAUAUUCGAUAUCUCAUCGUUUUAUCCAAGGUUCGUCGCCAGAGCUCAUGACGACGACAAUCCAUUAGUGACUAAAGGAUUCGAAACGAAGUAUGAUCAACUGGAACGAGAGGCUGAUGAAUUGAUUACUUCGGUGCGAAGAAGUACUACUGAUGGAGAUCGUCGGUCGGCAAACUCGGGGCGGAAUGAAGAUGCGAAGGAUUCAAAGGACAAACCUUAUGGUACUAGUUAUUCUCCGUCUUACCGACAAUACCGAUUACUAUCCAGGAAAGACGAUCAGAAGCGGACUCCAACCGUAGAUGAACUUGUGGAUUUCUAUAGCAGAAGACGAAGUAGCGAGGAGCAGUUUUCAACGACCACUUUCGCUCCUAUUCUGCCUCCCAUCUCACUGCCGUCAACUACUUUGAAGGUUUUCGACGUUUCGACAUUCUAUCCACGUAGGAACGAAGAACUGUAUCAAUCACUGUCUAAACGUAGAGACAACAAGAUAACCCUGGAUGAUUUGGAAGUUCUGCAAGCGCCAAAGAUUACGCCGAAGUCAGAUAGUGUGGAGGCCUUCAAACCAACGGCACCGACCAAGCCCGUGAUAGAUGACAUAGCAGAUUUCGAGGGAUCACAAUCGCAGCUGACGGAAAGUUCCCUGUCUCCAUCCUCAAACGAUGGUCACCACACAUUCAAAAAAUCCGAACCACCCAAUCCGGACCUUCCGGAAACGGACAAAGCAACCUUCCACCUGGAUCAACCGGUUGCUGCGUCCGGUCAUCGUAACAACCGCCUGCUUCCGGCCCAAGUCAUACCCCGGAGGCAGUACAAAACCAAAGGACCAGGCUUCAGGAGACCUCCGGUCAAGUACCGACGGAAGAAGGUUAUCACCAGUUAUUACAACUGAACUUCACAGCAGAGUCCCGACUGAGCCACUGACCGUCUCUCCGUUCUCCCUGAACUUCAUAGAAGAUAGUUAAUUAUUUAUUGUCCCUCCUUUAUCCUGUACCAACUAUCCCUCUGGUGCCCGAGUAGGGCAGUCCUUCAAAUCCCAAAUUCCUACAAAACGCAAAUAACCCCAUCCGAGACGACAUGUGACGUACCCUAAUGAUCUUAGCUAGUGAAAUAAUAAGGCCAGUAUGAUUGCAGCAUUUGAAUGUACGUAGACCCCCUUUGUGAGAGCCAAUAAAUUGUUUGAGUUGUAUUACUGAUAGCAUAGUAAGUCAUAGCAAAUAAAUGAGCGCGAAGCGAAAGUCACGCCGAUAACAAUUAAUUUCCGAAUCGCUUUUUACUCCAAUAUCCGAACAACCAUACCGGUUCGAUCUUAUCACAUCUGACAGUGAUCGCAUGUCUUCACCAUAGCCUUUUCCCAUUUUCAAGCCCUUUUGUGUGAACAACCACAUCGCUUAAUUGCUACAAAAUCAUAGUGCGUGCGUGCACCAGUCUUCAUUUUCAUUCCGUGUCUAUAAUCCCACCUGUUUCACCCCAUGAGAAAAUAUCAAUGAACAACCCGCGCAUGAGGCCGGAGGUGUGGUGACGACAGCGUGGAAACAAAGUAGGCGCUGAUCGAUUUUCCGCCUUGUCGACUGUGACGCAGCAGACAGGGGCAGGGCUGUGAGCGGGCUGUGGAAUCGUUCCGGAGCGACGCAUUUCAAACAUGCCUACCAAAGCUAACCUACCUAAUCCUUAUGUAAUCCGAAAAAAACAGAGCAAUUCGAAUGCAAGCCAUCAGCAGGGUAGACUCAAUUAUCACCUAGUUUUUCUUUUGCUGUGCAGUUUCUUCUCCAUUUCAAUGAUGACGAUGACGAC